UGUCUAUUACCUUGUGACUGAGACUGACGCUAUGGGACAGACUUCAUCCAAACCCCUAGACUUAAUGUUAGCCCAUUUUGGAGAGGUUAAAAAACGAACUCAUAACCUCUUGGUGAUUGUCAGGAAAGGCCCAUUUCAAACUUACUGCAGCUCAGAGUGGCCUACUCUCAAUGUGGGAUGGCCACCGGAGGGGACCUUCGACCGCGACACCAUUCGGAAGGUCGAGGCUCAGAUUUUCCGACCCCGAAGGGGACAUGCAGACCAAGUCCCAUACAUUGUGGUUUGGGCUGAUCUGGUUGAUGACCCACCCCCUUGGCUUAAAAGAGUCUUGCCUCCACAGAAACCUGAGAUCCUGGCGAUAGCUGAAAAGUGCCCGCCCUCCCGGGCUGCCGAAACACACAAAAAAGGAAACUAUCUACCCUAUCUUGCAGGGCGGAACAGGGCAAGAAUCCAUUUUCCCCCCUCCUUGUCUAUCCCCUCCACAGGGCUCAGCAGGAGGGGCAAGAGUGCUGUUGCAGGAACCACCGGCGCCCUCUGUCCCGCCCACCACGGCGGCCUUCUGAACGGCGGGAAUGGGCCCCGCCGCCGCCAUGGAAUAACGCCUGAGGGACCGGACUCAACUGUCCUGUCCCUGAGAGCUACAGGCCCCCCCGAUGAUAGGGGAAAUCAGCCCCACCAUUACUGGCCCUUCGCCACAAGCGACCUAUACAAUUGGAGGUUUCAAAACGCUCCAUUCUCGGAGAAUUCCCUCGCCCUUAUUAAUCUAUUAGAAACUGUUCUGUUCACUCAUCAGCCCACUUGGGAUGAUUGCCAGCAAUUGUUACAGGUACUGUUUACUACUGAGGAGUGGGAAAGGAUCCAGUUGGAAGCCAGGAAACUGGUUGCUGGGCCCACUGGAGUUCCCACUACGGACCAAGCUCGAAUUGAUGCCGGUUUUCCCCUAGCUCGGCCAAAUUGGGACUACAACACAGCUGAAGGUAAGGAGAGUCUCUUGGUCUACCGCCAGACUCUGUUGGCAGGUCUCAAGGCUGUGGCCCGCAAGCCAGCUAAUAUGGCUAAGGUAUAUAAUGUCAGUCAGGGACCUGAGGAAAGCCCUGCAGCACUCCUUGAGAGAAUAAUGGAGGCAUUCCGUCAGUACACCCCUAUGGACCCUGAGGCUCAGGCAAGCUUGGCUGCGGUGGCCAUGGCUUUUAUCAAUCAGUCUGCUCCUGAUAUUCGGAGAAAACUUCAGAGAUUAGAUCGUCUAGGAGAAAAAAGCCUCCAAGAUCUAGUGGUCGUGGCAGAAAGGGUGUACAGUAAUAGGGAAAGUGCAGAGGAUAAGCAGAUAAGAGCUGAAAAAAGACAAAACCAAAGUCUAGCCAAGAUCCUGCUUGUGGCGACUGCUGAACCAGAGGACCGAAAAAGACACCUCAAACAGCUGGCUUCAGGAGAAGGUAAGAAACACUCCCAACGGGUUAAAGGACGCCCCCGCCUGGGCAAAAACCAAUGUGCCUACUGUACAGAAGAAGGGCAUUGGUCCAGGGAGUGUCCCAAGAGAAAAUCGAAAGCUCCCAUUCUAGUAACGGGAGAUGACAGUGACUAGGGGAGACGGGGUUCGGCACCCCUCCCCAAACCCAGGGUAACAAAAAUGGAGGGGAAGCCCACCGAGUUCCUAGUGGACACUGGGGCUCAACAUUCUGUGCUCCUACAACCUGCUGGCCCCCGGGCAAACAAGACAUCCUGGGUCCAGGAAGCCACAGGGAUGAAACAGUAUCCACGGACAACCCGAAGAACGGUGGACCUUGGUGUGGGCCGGGUACCCCACUCCUUUAUGGUCAUCCCAGACUGCCCCUACCCCUUGCUAGGCCGCGAUCUGCUGACCAAGCUGGGAGCUCAGAUUCAUUUUUCAGCCGAAGGUACUAGGGUAUUAGACCAGGCUGGGCAGCCAAUACAUGUGCUCACUUUAGGGCUGGCGGAUGAACAUCGCCUGCAUGAGACGCCGCUGACACCAGAUGCAGGGAUUCAACGU